AUGGAGGAUUCGUAUGAGCAGACUGCCGCAGCACUCCGGUUGGCAGAGCAUCAGGGUUGUGACUCUCACGUGCUCAAGACGCUGACUAUCCUGGCUCUCAUCUAUGUGCCGGCAUCCUUCGCUGCCAUGGGCUACAUCGAGACCCGCACCGAGGACCUGGCGCUCUUCGCGGCUCUGGCCUUGCCUCUGGUGUCCGUCACGAUGAGUAUAUACUGGUACGCACAGAACACGCAGAAUCAGACAUGUCGUCAGCAAAGCGACCAAUCUCCAGCGGCGCAGCACCCAUAA